AUCAUCUAUCUGGACGAUAUACUAAUUUAUAGUAAAAAUGAAGAAGAUCAUUUGAAACAUAUAAAAAUUGUACUAGAUUUACUUCGUAAACAUCAAUUAUUUGCUAAGAAAUCGAAAUGUGAAUUUGGUGUUGAAAGACUUGAAUUUCUUGGCCAUAUUGUAUCUCCAAGUGGUAUUUCCGUUGACGAUAAUAAAGUGAUCGCAGUCAAGAACUGGCCAACACCAAAAGAUUUAACACAUGUUCGUUCAUUUGUUGGAACUGCCGGAUUUUAUCGGCGAUUCAUCAAGUCAUAUGGUGAAAUAGCAGCACCACUCACAGAUUUAAUGAGAGAUAACACACCAUUUGUAUGGACAUUGAAACAACAAACAGCGUUUAUAAUACAUCAUUCGACAGGCAAGACCCCAUUCUAUAUGGUCUACGGCAUUGAACCAAAAUUACCGGGUGAUAAACUACGUCCCUUAUUAAAUGAUAAGGAUGAAAACGAUACGCAAGCACAAAUACAACAACUCGAUAAACAACGUGCACUUGUUGAUCAACGCUUACAUUCCAAUGCCAACAAAAUGAAAAUCUAUUAUGACAAACAUUUAAAACAUCAAAAUAUAGCAUUGAAAGAGGGCGAAUGGGUAUUGAUACACAACGAACAAGGAAAAAAGUUUAAACCACAUUGGAUCGGACCGUAUAAAAUUCGAAAAAUUUGCCCAUUAGGCACAUACCAACUUCAAGAUCAACGGAUAAGAAAUGAAUUUCAACCAGAUCCGAUUCAAGCGACAAAGAAGACAAACUUGUACAGUAUUUCAAAAGUUGAAGAAAUGAUUGGCUCGAUAAAUCAACGUUAG